AUGUCUCUAGAAAGCAGCUCCCCCUGCCAGUUGUCACUUCUCCCACAUCGCCUCUCACACCAGUCUGUGGCAGAAGUGGAACGAAUUGUGAAAGCCAAUGAUCGUGAAUACAAUGGAAAGUUCCAGUAUGCGGAUAAUCGUAUCCACACAUCCAAAUACAACAUUAUCACCUUCCUGCCCAUUAAUUUAUUUGAACAGUUCCAAAGAGUGGCAAAUACCUAUUUUCUUUUCCUCCUGAUAUUACAGCUAAUUCCAGAGAUCUCCUCCCUGACUUGGUUUACCACCAUCGUGCCUUUGGUCCUGGUGAUAACCAUGACUGCUGCGAAGGACGCCGCGGAUGACUAUUUUCGUCACAGAAAUGACAAUCAAGUGAACAAUCGGCAGUCUGAAGUCCUCAGUGAUGGCAAACUGCAGAAUGAAAAAUGGAUGAAUGUCAAAGUGGGGGACAUCAUUAAACUAGAAAAUAACCAAUUUGUUGCUGCUGAUUUGCUUCUUCUAUCAAGUAGUGAGCCCCAUGGCCUCUGCUACAUUGAAACCGCUGAGCUUGAUGGGGAAACGAACCUUAAAGUUCGUCAUGCGCUUGCUGUCACCUCAGAACUUGGAGCAGACAUUAGCAGGCUCGCAAAGUUUGAUGGGACUGUGGUCUGUGAGGCACCUAACAACAAGUUAGAUAGGUUCGUGGGAGUCCUCUCCUGGAAGGACAGCAAGCACCCGCUCAGCGACCAGAGGAUCCUCCUGAGAGGCUGCGUCCUGAGGAACACCAGCUGGUGCUUCGGCAUGGUGAUUUUUGCAGGUCCUGACACCAAACUCAUGCAGAACAGUGGUAAGACAAAGUUUAAAAGGACAAGCAUUGACAGAUUCAUGAAUACAGUAGUGCUGUGGAUUUUCGGGUUUUUGGUAUGCUUGGGAAUUAUUCUUGCAAUAGGAAAUUCGAUCUGGGAGAAUCAAGUCGGAGGCCAGUUCAGAACUUUCCUCUUUCAGAACAAAAAAGAGAAGAGUUUUGUGUUCUCGGGAUUCUUAAUGUUCUGGUCGUACAUUAUUAUUCUCAAUACAGUUGUACCCAUUUCAUUAUAUGUGAGUAUGGAAGUGAUUCGUCUGGGACACAGUUAUUUUAUCAACUGGGACCGGAAGAUGUACUAUUCUGGGAAGGCAGCGCCCGCCGAAGCUCGCACAACCAUGCUCAAUGAGGAGCUGGGCCAAAUUGAAUACGUGUUCUCUGACAAAACAGGCACCCUCACUGAAAACAUCAUGACUUUUAAAAAAUGUUCCAUUAACGGAAGACUGUAUGGUGAAGAACAUGAUGAUUCAGUUCAGAAGAAAGAAAUAACUAAGAAAAAAGAGCCCAUGGAUUUCUCCGAGAACUCUCAAGCAGACAGGUCAUCUCAGUUCUUGGACCCCAGCCUGAAGGAAGCCAUCAGAUCCGGAGACCCCAAAGUGCACGAAUUCUUCCGGUUGCUUGCUCUCUGCCACACUGUAAUGUCGGAGGAGGACAGCUCAGGAAAGCUAACUUACCAAGUUCAGUCACCUGAUGAAGGGGCCCUGGUAACUGCUGCUAGCAACUAUGGCUUCAUUUUUAAGUCCCGGACUCCAGAUUCAAUAACAAUAGAAGAACUGGGAACGCUUGUUACCUACCAGUUGCUUGCCUUUUUGGAUUUCAACAAUAUCAGAAAAAGGAUGUCUGUCAUAGUUCAAAACCCAGCAGGGCAGAUCAAGCUCUAUUCCAAAGGAGCAGAUACCAUCCUAUUUGAAAGACUGCAUCCUUCCAGCAAGGACCUUCUGUCUCUGACAUCCGACCAUCUCAGCGACUUCGCAGGCGAAGGCCUUCGGACCUUGGCGAUUGCCUACAGAGAAGUGGAUGACAAGUACUUCAAAGAGUGGCAUAAGAGGCGCGAGGUUGCAAGUGCUGCCACCCACGGGAGGGAUGACCAGAUAGCGCGACUGUACGAGGAAGUGGAAAGAGAGCUGACGCUCCUUGGUGCCACUGCUGUAGAAGACAAGUUACAAGAAGGUGUGAUCGAAACCAUUGCGAGUUUAUCGCUGGCCAACAUUAAGAUCUGGGUUCUAACAGGAGACAAACAAGAAACAGCCGUCAACAUCGGCUAUGCAUGCAACGUGCUGACUGAGGACAUGAAUGAUGUCUUUGUGAUAGCAGGGAACACGGUGGGGGACGUGAGAGGAGAGGUCAGGAAGGCCAAGGAAAGUUUGUUUGGGCAAAACAACAGUGUCGUCGAUGGCCACGCAGCGUGUGAGGAGCCGCAGCAGUUGGAGCUGGCUUCAGUUAGAGAAGACACUGUCACAGGGGAUUAUGCCUUGGUCAUAAAUGGCCACAGCUUGGCCCAUGCCCUGGAGAGCGACAUCAAGCACGACCUCUUGGAGCUCGCCUGCCUGUGCAAAGCUGUGAUCUGCUGCAGAGUCACCCCGCUCCAGAAGGCACAAGUGGUAGAACUGGUGAAAACGCACAGAAAUGCCGUCACUCUGGCCAUCGGCGACGGGGCCAACGAUGUCAGCAUGAUUAAAAGUGCGCACAUCGGUGUCGGCAUCAGCGGCCAGGAAGGGCUGCAAGCCGCCUUGGCCAGCGACUACUCCUUCGCCCAGUUCAGAUUCCUGCAGAGGCUUCUCCUCGUCCAUGGAAGGUGGUCCUACUUCCGGAUGUGCAAAUUCCUGUGCUACUUCCUCUACAAGAACUUUGCCUUCACACUCGUGCAUUUCUGGUUCGGCUUCUUCUGCGGCUUCUCAGCCCAGACUGUGUAUGACCAGUGGUUCAUCACUCUUUUCAACAUCGUCUACACGUCAUUACCGGUUCUGGCCAUGGGCAUUUUUGACCAGGACGUGAAUGACCAGAACAGCAUGGACUGUCCCCAGCUCUAUGAACCUGGGCAGCUGAACUUGCUUUUUAACAAGCGUAAAUUCUUCAUCUGCAUGGCGCAUGGAAUCUACACCUCGCUAGUCCUUUUCUUCAUCCCCUACGGGGCCUUUUACAAUGUAGCUGGAGAAGACGGACAGCAUGUGGCCGACUACCAGUCCUUUGCCGUUACCAUGGCCACAUCUCUGGUCUUUGUGGUCAGUGUGCAGAUCGCCUUGGACACCAGCUACUGGACUGCCAUUAGCCACGUCUUCAUCUGGGGCAGCUUGGCUGCUUACUUCAUCAUUUUGCUUACAACGCACAAUAAUAAUAUUUUUGGAAUGUUCCCAAACCAGUUUCCAUUUGUGGGAAACAUACAGAAUUCUUUGACCCAGAGAUGCAUCUGGCUUGUUAUUCUCCUAACGACUGUGGCCUCAGUUAUGCCCGUAGUGGCAUUUAGGUUUCUGAGGAUGGCUUUGUACCCAACCCUGUCUGACCAGAUCCGUCGGCGACAGAAAGCUCAGCAGAAGGCAAGGCCUACAAGGAGGCAGAGGCCGCAGACCCGUAGGUCAAGCUCGAGAAGAUCUGGCUAUGCUUUCGCUCACCAAGAGGGCUAUGGAGAGCUUAUCACAUCUGGAAAAAAUAUGCGAGCUAAAAAUCCACCCCCAACAUCAGGGUUGGAAAAGCCACUUUAUAAUAGCACUGGCUGGCUUGAAAAUUUGUGUAAGAAAACCACAGACACAUUGAGCAGCUUUAGUCAGGAUCAAACAGUGAAACUGUGAGUCAGGGUGAAUGUGAGCCGCACAGAUCCUUCACUUCAGCGGGGGCUGAAUUUCUGCCGCUCGGGGAGGACGUGGGGCGGGCUGGCGCACUCAGCUGCAGUCUCGGGCACACGGCUGCCAACGCCCGUCAGAUCAGGGCGUGCUGUACGGGAAAGCAGGCCAGAUGGUCACCGCCAAGCUGCAGUUGGAUGGGCCGAGCCUUGCUGUUUGAGUACGGAUUUUUAUCAACCUCGAUAUGAGAGCUUAUUUAUGCAGAGAGCCUCGAACAUCUGUGUAGACCCUGAACGAACCCCCAGGUGGACAAGCGGGUGCAUUUGUAAGGUGUCUACCGAGCUGAGGGCCACAGUUGUUGACAGAGGAACUGUGUACAUACAGGGCCAACUUUCUUUUCUUGAGGCUCUUCCAAGACAAAGUUCUGUAUAUGCCAAGGUGCUUUCAGAUAAAGGGCCACGUAUCACUCCUUCAUCUUCACUGAGACCGAUCUGUUCCACAGGGACCCAAAUCCCUUGCACGCCU